AUGCAGGAGGACCCGGUGUAUGAUUUCCCUGAGCCGGUAGGGGGGGAGCCGGUAGGAGAGAGGCGGGCUUGUCCUCAGCGUGGCUCCCUGAAGAACAUCAGUGUGCUUGACCGUCUGCUUCUCACACACCCCGUCUGGCUGCAGCUGUCCAUUAACUCUGCCACCGCUCUGCACAUCCUACAGCGGGAGCCGCCUGGAGUGAGACACGCACGCACGCACACCGCACACACGCACACACAAAACACGACCUAAGUUUGUAUAUCUCUGCCUCUCUGUAGAUCUUUCUGGUGCGCAAGUCCAACACCUCGCAGAAGAAAGUGCUGUGUGUCAGGCUUGCAGACGACAGCGUUCCCUCCUUUGUCAAACAAUUUGUCAUCCGCGAAGGGGACUCUAGUGAGUGAUGAAAGAAAAAGACAGCGAUGUUCUAUCUAAAGCCUGUUGAUAUGAAUAAAGAGGGUUUUUACUAAUGAUCUUAUUCUUGCUUCCCCGUCUCCCUUCCAUUCACAGCCUUCUCUUUGGAGAGAGCGGCUAUCGGUUUCCCUGACCUCUUCCGGCUCAUUGCCUUCUACUGUGUUAGCCGGUAUGGGCCUUUUACUUGGCUUCACAGUUCAAAAGGCACUCGCACAUCUGAGCUAUCUUUGUUGCAGGUGCAUGGUAACAGUUGAGAAAAAAGAAGAAACCCGCACACUGCUCUGACUAGGCCGAUACAUAAAGCUUAAUAAAGAGCAGUGAUACUUGGCUUCACUGUAAAAUAGGUUUAGGACAUUUAGACAACUAAUGUCUACUAGUGUUAUCCAUCUAGAUCUAAAUUAUCUCUCAUUAUUGGUCCAAAUCAUAUCCUACUAACUUAAUUAGACCUGUCUAUAAAACGUAUGUGCUGUCUAUUUCAGGGAUGUGUUGCCCUUCCCACUGGAGCUCCCUGAGGCCAUAGUCAAGGCUUCAUCCCACAAACAGCUGGAGUCCAUCUCACACAUGGGCGUGGGUAGGUACCACAGUGUGGCUCAAAGGUCUGAUCUACCAAGAUGUUGGCAAUCGUUGUAAUGCUAGCUGCCAUUGUGUACCGUACACAACUCAUCAAGGAUAGCGUUGAGGAAGUAUGCAGACACAGUUUUGCUUCUUUUUCAUUCAGAGUUCUGGAGCUCCCAGCUGAACUUCAGAGGUCCACGCAAUGGGCCCCCACCAGUCGAGGAGGCACCGCUGCCACCUAGCCCCACCCCUGAGGACUGUGCCACGCCACAGGAGAGCCCCACCCUGUUCCAGGAGUUCUGCCCCAUCCAAACACGCAGCCCCCGGGAGCUGAACUGUGGGGCAGCAGGCCAAGGGGCUCUCUGUUUCAUCAACCCACUCUUCCUGCAAUCCCAGCCUGCACUGCACAAACGCCUCCAGUUCAAGCGCAGCCUCAAGGUGCGUGUCUCCACUGAGAACUCUAGCUCCUUGUCCCCACCAGUUGCCCCUCCCCCUCCCCCACCUCUGCUGGCCAAGAAAAAUAUUAAAAGCAAGGUCCAGCAGGCCAGUAGAGCAGUGGAGGGUGAGAGAGGGACAGCACCCGUCCAGGAGGACUCAGACUAUUUGCAUCCAUGCUUGGUUCUUCCAUUUCUUCCGCAGAAGACCAGGGUCACACCCACACUGUCUCCCACUGCAGAGGAGGACUACCAUGUGCCCUUAGCUCUCCUGCAGGGACCGGCCCAGGAGAAAGGAGGUGAGGAGGUGGGUCUCCUGCUGGAGCAGAGAUAUGCUCCCUCCCUGAGUGAGCUGGACAGCAGUAGUUCCCUCAGCAGCCUGGAGGAGGCAGAGGAGAGCUCAGAGCGACCUCCCCUCACCAGGGGCACCAGUAACCCCUCACCCCCAUGCACCUUGCCCCCACGCCAGCCCGUCUCAGUCCUGCGCAAGCUGAGUGCAGCCUUUGUGUCCUUCUUUAUGCCAGAGAAGCACGUGGCGAGGCUGGUGGAGGACCUGUCCCGUGACAGGAGGACUGUGUUUGGUGUCCUGGUGCAGGACUUCCUCAGGCAGCAGCGAGAGGCGAUCAAGCCUCAGUGCCAGAGAUCUGGCGUAGACCUACUGCAGGGCAUCCGCCUCUUCCUCUCCCAGGCCAAGACCUUCCUGCUGGACUGUGGAGAACUAGAGCCCCCCAUUGAGACCAUGGUGCCUGAUGAUGAGAAAGGUACAGCAACAUUGAUCCCCAAUGCAAACAGCAGGCAUUAGUCAAAUAAACAGUAGAAAUAUGCUCAGUCAUUUUAUAUACAACCAGUACGACCAUGUUUCCCUCUACUGAUAAUGACAUGUGACCUUAUGAAUGUGUGUUUGUGUGCAGACCUGGUGCUGGAGAAAGCCAUGUUCCGCUGUGUGCUGAAACCUCUGAAGGGACAGAUAGACAGGACACUGAAAACUCUGCAUGAGCGAGAUGGCUCCACCCAAAGCAUGGCAGAGAGCCUGGCUGUGGUCAGGGGAAAGACCCCGUUGGAGUGUUUUGGAGUGCGGGUGGGAGUGCCGGAUGCUGCCGGUGUGGAGAAGGUGCGGCAGAAGUUAGCUCUCAUGAGGCGGGCUUACUCUCCCAUUGACAAGGUUGCUGUGCUCCUGCAGGUCUGCAAGCUCAUCUAUAAAGCCAUGACGGACAAUUCAGGUGAGGGCUUUUUUUAUGAGAGAACAUGGUAAAGAAAUAAACCUUACAGAAGCAACAGCUGCUAUCCCUCCCAUCCAUGGUCUUUUCAAGACUUGUGUCAUGUGUUAACAUGGUAGAGUUGUCUUGUCUCCAUGAGCAGGCCAGGAAUUCGGUGCAGAUGACUUCCUACCAGCCCUGUCCUAUGUCAUCGUACAGUGUAACAUGCCAGAGCUGUCUGUGGAGGUGGAGUACAUGAUGGAGCUGCUGGAGUCAUCAUGGCUGACAGGGGAGGGUAAGGCUGACAGAAAACGAUCAAACUGUUAACCCCAACUAUAUACAAGUAUUUAGGCUUUAAAUGUGAAAUAUUUCAAAUAAUUUAGUAUAUGAUGCCAAAUAGCCAUCAUAAUCCAUAGUGUUGCAAUGUUUGUACCAGGUGGGUACUACCUGACCAGUGUGUAUGCCAGCCUGUGCCUGAUCCAGAGCCAGCCUGAAGAAAUGCCCUCUAGCGGGCUGACCCAGGAGGCCAGAGACUCCCUGAAAGACUGGAGCCAGCGCCGGAGCAGCCAGGCUCAGAGCCAGAAAAACAUACAACAGCAACUGGUACGACUCAAUUGAUUUAUUAGCACCAAUACUGUAUAGAAUAACACAAACUAAACAGAAAUCAACACAUACCUAAGGUAUGUGGAAUAAUAUGCGUCAGUUGGAAAUCCCUGUACCCCAAAGUGACCAGUAGGAAUGCUCGAUAUCAACUGUUCUCAUGGGAAACUUUUUUAAAAUUGUUUGUUGUAGAGGUGUGUCAAGGUUCUGUUUCAAGAUGGAGAAAGCAGUUGGAUGAAAACCCUGCAAUGGAGGGCAGGAGUUAGUGGGGAGGCCCUGACCCAGCUCUGUGCUGCUAAGUUUGGUGUGGACAACCCAGGACUGUACAAGCUGUACUGGCGGAGUGAGGGGGAGAUUCAAGCCCUCCCAGCCCAGGGCCAGAUCCAGGACCUACAGGGCCAAGGCACCAGCGGAACACCCCUCAUAUACCAGCUAGCCAACCAGGAUGGACUCAAGACUUGCAAACUAACAAGAGAGGAGGCUGUGGACCUUGUGGAAUCACCUGGAGUAUCCACACGUUAA